AUGUUCCAGGGCUCCCCGCCAUCUCCUGCCUCCCAGAGCCCUCCUCCCCCUGCCUCUCCUGAGCCUCAGACCCAGAGACCCGCUCCCCCUCCUCAGUCCCCAGAGACGCAACGCUCUGCUCAGGCUAACCUUAUGGAGGAUGAGGAGGUGUUUGAGGAGAUCCGCAGACUGCGUCUGGAAAGGGGACGUCUGCUCCAGAAGAUCAAAGGUCUGGAGCAGCAGCAGAACAGCGCCCACACUGCCCUGGAGGAGCUGACUCAGCUGAGAGAGCGUCUGCAGCAAGCGGAGGCAGAGCGGGACAGGCUGCAGACUGAGCUGGAGGAGCUGAAGGCAGGUCAGGUGAUCGGUGCCAGUGACUCAGAUGACGACAUGCUGGACUUCCCAGGUGCUGAGAAGCUGCUCUCCAGGCGGUCGAGAGAGUCUCCCUCUGCUCUGGACGAGGGGGAGGCAGACUCCCUCAACCCCACCUCUCCUGGUCCUGCAGACCCAGACACUGUGACUGAGCUACGCAGACAGCUGAAGGAGCUGGCCUUACAGAAUCAGGAGCUGGUCCUGAAAGUGCAGAUGCUGGAGAUGUUUGAGAAAGAUGACACUGACAUGCAGACAUCCGGCCCAGACUUUGUCCCCACGGCUCUGUAUGACUCCCUGAGGAGGGAGUUUGAAGCUCUGCAGGAGCACUACUCCCAGGCCCGGGCUUCAGCUGAGGCCUCCAGCAUGGCAGGGGAACAGGGGUAAGGAUUACCACCCACACCAUCUUACACCAGCCACCUUAUACCUUCUGGAUAAGAGCAUCUACUAAAUGACUAAAAUGUCACAUUCACACCACCCACUAGGGUUCGAGUUCCAUUUGUAGAGGUGCCCUGGGGUGCUGAGCACUACCAUGAGGGCACCCCGGUAAGGACUAAAGUAUUAAAUCAACAUGGACACCCCCAUAAUGGUUCAACAUAUUAACACUGGUCCAGCCCACUAUUUUUAGCAUCUUUAAGCCAACUAUUUAAGAGUCAGUGUGUAAUUUGAACCCUGCCAGCCACAGUAUUGUAAUUAGAAGAUUCUAGCUAGCAUAAUGUGCCUCUACAACCAUA